AUGACACGCUGCGAGCGGAAUUUUGGUGGCAUGCUCGUCAAGUCCACCAUUAGCGGUGUGUGCCGUGCAGCGUAUGUACGAUAUACACAGCAGGCUGUGUUGCCUGAUUUGGAGCUGCACAACGUUGACGCUGCUGCUCUGACGGCGGAGCCGGAGGAAGUGAAGGCGCCCGGUACAGAAGAACCAAACAGCCCAUUGGCCUCAGUGGACCAGGGAACGCAGUCAAGCGGGAUGAAACGCUGUCGUACUAGUCAGCAACCCGCCGGCGUUACAGCCGCCGCUGCCGCUAUCGACACCACCAGGGAACCGACAACAGGAAGCCAAGGCACCAAGAACCCUAGCUCUCCCGCACGACAACGUCACCGGCGCCAGCAGCGGGGUCCCACUUCAUCGGCACCGCCGGCAGAAGCCGCUGCAGGGCAUGCAGACGCUAACCCCGCCGCCGCCGUCCCCGCUGCCCUCCCAAAUCCAGAGAAUCGUUACGGGCAUGCACCCUCGAUUUUCAGGCCGCAGCUACCGGCACAUCUCAAGAUGGCGGACCCUGAAGCUCGGCAUGACAGAGCACCGGCCGCCAUUGCGGACCUGCCGCAAGCCGUCGAGUUGAACGAUGCGACCACUAGCCUGGCGCCAGCGUCAGCAUCCGCAGCUAAGCCACAAACCGAGGGCCCCGAUCCAGACAAUGCCAAAAGGCAGCGGCGCGCAGGCGCGGCCUCGGCCCCGGCGCCGCCGCUGCAGUCGGCGACGUUAUCUGCGGGGUCAAGGUCCCCCAAGGCGAUAUAUCAGCCGCCUCUUGAUGACUCGGCCGCCGCCGCCGCCGCCGGCGUUGGUCAGGCACAUGCGGCACUUCCCCCACCUUCUGUACCUCAGGAGCCUCAGGCUACUUCUUCAGCGGCUCAGGACCUGCCCGUAGUGCCGCCUGCUGCUGCUGCUGCUGCUGCUGCUGCUCGGAAUGCACUAGCCACCAAGGCGGCUGUAGCGCCGAGCGUCACGGCAGCGAGCAAUGCUGAUGGCGCCUCCUUUGGUGACGCUACUACUGCCAUUGCUGACUGUGCUACUGCUCCUGAGACUGCCGUCCCUGACCCGGAUGCUGCAGCUGUACAGCAAGCCGUACCAGAUGCGGGCCCUAGCGGUAAGGCGCCUGCCGGGCGCCCAAGUGCCCGGACGACGGCAGCAGGCGCCUCUGUCAGCGGCGUGGAUCCCGCUGCCCGUGGCCGUGUCAGCAGUAGCAUCGGCGGCGGCAGCGGCGGCCGCAAGCGAAGCGGCGUUGAUGGCGACGACGGCGUCGACGGGGCCGGGGGCAGGCCCUAUCGCCGCCGCUGCCUUGGCGACGGCAUUACGGCGGAUGGGCGCCAAGGCAGCGGCGGCGUUCAGGCAGUAGAUUUACGUACGGCGGUCCAAAGUUUGGGAACCGAUGGCCGCGGAGGGAUUGCAACGGUACCUCUCCCGGGGCUCGGCUCCCCGCCGCCGCCUAGGUCGCAUGUCGAACCCCCGCGGGCUGCCACACAGACUGCCACCGCGUCAACUACAGCCGGCGUCCCCGUCAGCGGCAGCCGGGAAGGAGAGGGCUGGCGGGUCCAGCAGCACCAGCAGCACCAGCACCAGCUGUUGCGGCAGCGUCCGGACGAUUCCGACGCCUUUGAGGACGAGCCUCAGCUGCAGCAGCCGCAGCAGCUCCUGCGUCGGGCGCACCAGUCGCUUCUUUCAGAGCUGCGUCGCCCCCCGUCCUCACGCCUCCUACUGGAUUCCACCGACGCGGUCACGGAUCUGUGCACGGCAGUGGAGCUGGUUCUGGAGCACCUAGCGGUAAAUGCUCAGGCGCCAUGCCGCAUCUCGCGGUCAUGUGAUGAUUUGGGGUUGCGCAGCUCUGCUGUGGUCGCCAUUACCGGCGACUGGAGGGGCCACGUGUCCUUACUGGCAGCUCUGCUGGCCACAUUGGGUGGAGCCAUCAGUGUCCUGUUGAGCGGCAGCGGCAGCAGCGGUGAAACCAGCCUAGAAGACGGCUCCAGGGGAUUUCCAGUUCCGCCGCCGCCGCCGCCAGGGCAGCGGAGCGACACCCACUUGGCGCUAUUGAUGACGGCAGCUGCUCAGGAAACAGCUGCAGUGGCGUUGGCGGCGCUCCACGCGUCAUGUCGCCAAAUCGGGUCCGCCUGCACCCGGGCUAUAGCGGCUACAGCAGCCGUAGCAACAGCAGCCGGGCGGACAGGGGAAGAGGGGGCGUCACUGCGGCCGGCAGCAGCUGCUGCGUUCGCGUCGAUCGCGGACCAGCUACACGCCGGAGGUAGAGCUGCAGCCACAGCAUUGGGAAUGGCAAGAGCAGCAGCGGCAGGGGCGGCGGCGGCGGCGUGUUCUACAACAGACCCAAAGGUCCCACUUUCCGUGGCGGCGGCGGCUGCCGGCGGGCUGCUGGAGGGCUGCGUCAUGACGGUACGGCUACAGCGGCUUGGGCAGCCCCAGGAGACCUUGCUACGGCUGUUACAGCCUUGCACGGACGUGCUCGAUGCCACGCUCCAAGAGGCAGCCGCAGCCGCAGCCGCCGCUGCCACUGUCGGAGCUGAGGCAGCCGCGCAGAGCUUCGGGGGCUCCUACUCGCCAUCUGCACUGAACAACGCAGGUCACCCACGGGUCGCAAUACUUGACAUGACGUUGGGCUAUUGCUGGUCAAGGCUGCGAGCGCAGCCCCCGCUGCAGGGCCCGCUGCAGCCUGCUGCUAGUGCGGCUGAGCACCUGGUGUCACCGGCGCCGGCAACCGCGGCGGUAUCUGGGGUACCCUGCUGGCACCCUGCACGAGGCGCACUCGGGGCCCUCAUGAUGGGAUCGUUAGGGUUCGCCCGCGUGCUACAGCUAGCAGUUUCAGGUGAAUCAGCAGAGUGUGCGGCGGCGGUCCUGGAGGGGCAGUCCCAAGGGUCACUAUUCGCCGACACGCAGCUGCUGGCCAAGACUGUUAUCGAGGUGCUCCGCAUGCCCGCGCCGCCGCCCGGGGGUUCGGCGGUGGCGCUGCCAAACGCCGCCACAUGUAUGACUCUGGCGAACGCGCUUCUAUCUGACGCGGCAGCGGCUGCGCGGCGGCUCAACCUGCUGUACGGCGGCGUGGCAGACACGCCGUCAGGUCGGGCUUGGCUGGCGGCGCUGCCGCCAUCGGCGACGGGGUGCAUCCGGGGGGUGCUGGAUAAGGCCUUUGUUUGUGAAGUCAGCGUGCUGACGGCGGCGUACGGCAUGUUGUCGUCGGCGUCGCAAGUGCCGCCGGCAAAGGCUGUGGCGACACCAGGCGGCGACGCCGCAACGGCCGAUAGGGCGGGAAGCGCUAGGGCGCAGGUAGCACGGGGCGAGAGGGCGAGGGCAGCGGCUGCGGCCCUAGGGGCGCUGGCCGACUUGCAGUUUUGUGCGCUACAGUUGCGAGCACACGGAGACCUGGUUGCACGACUCAGCACAGACGCCUUGUCAUCGCCGGCGGCGGCGCUGCCGCCGCUACUGGCACUGCUGCCGUGCUACCCUGCCUUUGAAUUAGCGUACGGCAGCGGCGGCCGGGGCAAUGACGGCUUUGCUGCCGUUCCGGUGGCGGCUUCUCGCCUCGCAUUCCUGCUGCCCCUGGCGGCAUCAUGCAUGCCGCAUGCUGAGGACUUGGGCGGAGCAGCGUACGUCGUGUUGCCGUACAUCUUUCUGUUGCUCAAGGGUGCGCCGGAGUCGGUGGCUCAAGCAGCACACGCAACUUGGGCGGCUCUGGUGUCGAGCCUGUGCGAAAAGGAAACAGCGGUUACAGCAGAAGCAGCAGGAAUUGCUGGGAAUGUACGGCGGCGCCCCGAUGGCGCUAGUAGCACCGUUGCUGAGAAGAGCCAGGGCCGGAGCCGUGCGGGCCCGUCGAUAUUGCACGGACGACGUGGCCUGACGACCAUCGGCAGUGGCGGCGACGGUGGCAUUCAAGGCGUGUUGGCGGCUGAGGAGGAGGAGGAGGAGGAGCAGCGCCGCAGCGUUGCUGGCGUGGCUUUGGCCGCCUCCAUGCUGCCGUACUACAUCGACCGUACAUGCCAGGAGCCGUGCAGCGAAGGCGACCUGGAGCUGCUCGAGUGGGGUGUACGACAGGCGCUUCAAUCUCUGCCGGAGGCCCAUCCUAUGAAGGCCUGGUGCGCGGCGCGCCUGGUCAUACAGCUGCGCGAGUGGGCGACGGCAUGCGACGGUGUUGCGGAGGGACCGUCCUUGGCAAAGGGCCCAUCAGGGCACGAGCGAAGGCUGCGUGUCGGAACGAGCGGCGGUGACGAGAAAGAGUCGCCUGGAGCAGCAGCAGGUUGCGAUGCGCAAGUCCUUACUCGGCGCUGCGCGGGUAUCGUCGCAGGGGUUAUGAUGGUAAUAGAUUUUCGCCUCGUCCCGCAAGCCCUGGGCCGUCUAAGGGUGGAGCUUCAGACUUUGCCUUUGGGCGGAGGGCUUAUCCUGCAGCAGUUUCAUGACGUGUGGUUGACGUGCAGUGAUUAUGGCAGGAAGCAGCUUCUGGAGGAGUGGUUUAGACAUGUGCUUGCGAAGAUGCACGUGAGAGCGAAGCUGUGA